CCCGCCUCUCCCGUCGUUGUUUCCUGACGUCCCUUUCACUUCCUGAGCGGAGGGGGCCGGCCCGAAGGACCGCCCGCCCCGCGGCUGCCUGGGCCGGGCCCGUCUCUGCGUCCGGGGAGGCUGGGGCAGCGCCGCAGCGCGGGCCCGGACUCCCGCCCCUCGGCCCGGCGGAGACAAGUGCCACGCCGGCGGCCUCCUGGAAGCGAGAUGGGCCGCGGGCUGACCCUGGUCGUCCUGCCGCUGGCCCUGCUGGCGGCCGCGGCGCAGGCCGAAGGCGGCACGGCGGCGGCGGCGGCGGAGGAGGUUAAAAUAGAGGUGCUGCACCUCCCCGAGGUCUGCAGCCCGAAGAGCAAGAGGGGGGAUCUGCUGAACGCGCACUACGACGGUUUCCUGGCCAGCGACGGAUCCAAGUUUUACUGCAGUCGGACGCAAAAUGAAGGUCAUCCAAAAUGGUUCGUUCUGGGUGUUGGACAAGUCAUAAAAGGGUUAGAUGUUGCUAUGAUGAAUAUGUGUCCUGGAGAAAAACGGAAAGUGAUCAUUCCUCCGUCAUUAGCAUAUGGACAGCAAGGAUACGCACAGGGCAAGAUUCCACCUAACGCAACAUUGAUCUUUGAGAUUGAACUUUAUGCAGUAAAUAAGGGACCCCGCAGCGUUGAAGCAUUUAAUAAAAUAGACAAGGACAGUGACAAGAAACUCUCUGAACUUGAGAUAAGCCAGUAUUUGAAAGAAGAAUUUGCAAGAGAUGGCAAAAAACGUCAUCCCUCAGUCCAUGAUGAAAUCUUAGCUGAUAUAUUUAAGAAGAAUGACCACGAUGGAGAUGGCUUCAUAUCAGCGAAGGAGUACAAUGUCUACCAGCAUGAUGAACUCUAAGUACUUAAAAAAAUGUUUGGCUGUUUUUGGGACACUGAAUUUUAGAUAAUAAUACUUUGUCACAGAAUUUUUUGUAUUUUUUUUUAUAGUGGCAUCUUUUUAUAACUCUUAAGGUGACUGUAAAAAUCUCAUUUUUAACAUUCAACUAAUAAAAUGUGUUAGAUAUUUCAAAAGAAAGAAAUAAAAUUGGAAAACACCAUGAUC